AGGGUGACGGUGUUGACGGGAAGGUGCUGGGGGUGGAGCGAGGAGGCAGUGCAAAGGUGACUCGGUCUUCUCUGGUGUCAACAGUUCGAUUUGUCGGGCAAGUCGAGUUUGGGCGAAGUCCGUUUUAUGGCGCUGAUAAGGCCUCGAGUUAAAGAGAUUCGGAAUGUGUUGCUUCAGCUGUUACAGGAGGGAAAAAUGCUAACUUUAUGUCGGUUCUCAUUCUGUCGGAUCUGUGUGUAGCAUUUGAAUCCCUCGAUCACUGAGUCUUCUUAAAAUUCCUCUCCACAUCCUUGUUUCGAUGGCGUCACUCAUCUGGUUCACCUUCGACUUCUGGCUUUGAGAUUGAAGCCAUGGCCAUUCUAUUUGCUGUUGUUGCCAGGGGAACCACUAUCCUUGCCAAACAUGCUUGGUGUGGAGGAAACUUCCUGGAGGUGACAGAGCAGAUUCUGGCUAAGAUACCUUCUGAAAACAACAAACUAACAUACUCACAUGGCAAUUAUUUGUUUCAUUACAUCUGCCAAGACAGGAUUGUGUAUCUUUGUAUCACUGAUGAUGAUUUUGAACGUUCUCGAGCAUUUACUUUUCUGAAUGAGGUGAAGAAGAGGUUCCAAACUACAUAUGGUUCAAGAGCACAGACAGCACUUCCAUAUGCCAUGAAUAGCGAGUUCUCAAGUGUUUUGGCUGCGCAGCUGAAGCAUCACUCCGAGAAUAAGGGCCUAGACAAAGUGGUGGAGACUCAAGCCCAAGUGGAUGAACUGAAAGGAAUCAUGGUCAGAAACAUAGAUCUUGUAGCUCAGCGUGGAGAAAGAUUGGAAUUAUUGAUAGACAAAACAGAAAACCUCGUGGAUUCAUCUGUCACCUUCAAAACCACCAGCAGAAACCUUGCCCGAGCCAUGUGUAUGAAGAAUCUCAAGCUCACUAUUAUCAUCAUCAUUGUAUCAAUUGUGUUCAUCUAUAUCAUUGUCUCUCCUGCCUGUGGUGGAUUUACAUGGCCAAGCUGUAUAAAGAAAUGAGAAAGAAAAAGUUAUUAACCAAGGAUAGUAGAGAACAAGGAGUUAAAAGUAAUCCAUGUGACUCUAAGCCUUUCACUGUUGACAGGUGGUAUCUGUCAGUCUCUUCAACCCUCUUCUCACUUUUUCAUUUUUUUAAUCUUAUUCUAUACCUCCAGAUUUGUCUUUGUCCCAUCAACCAGUUUGUCCCAGUGCACUUCAAAUUGAACUGUCAUUGCAGUAGUAGCCUUAAAAAGGCUUUGGUUUGUGUAACUAAUAUUGUCUACUUAGAGAAAUGGUUUUGUUUUUAAUUGCCCAAAGCUAUCAACAAGGUGAAAACCACCAGUCUUAUUAGCUGUCUGCUAAAGUUAAGGAGGAAUUUUGUAUGUGCACACAGAAGUAUUCAAGAGACAGAUAGUAUUGCUGACAUCUCAUUAUAAUGUCUUUUGUUGUUUAAGAGUUUUAGGUGCUUCAAAACAAUACAAAUGAAGAAUACUUGCUAUUUUGGGAAUUAUAAUUAGAUUGUUGGUGCUGCUUGUUUCUAGGAGCCCAAACCGGUAAAGUAUUAAACAUUUAUUUCAGUCACAUGGGAAAUGUUUUGCCAGCCCAUUUAGAAGCACACACAAUUAUCCUCAUCCUCCUAGUAUUCACUUUCAGGAACAAAGUUCAAUGUACUGAUCAUUCACAAUACAGUGAAUGGUUUUAUAUCCUCUAUUUCCACAUUGCAGUUAAUAUGAGAAGAUGAUGGUUUAAAUAUUGUUGAAGAUUGUUUUUUAAUAUUCUUUUUUAUUCUGUGGAUAUUUAGGGCAACUGUAUUGUUCAUAGAAUGGGUAGUGGAGGGGGUAGGGAAGAUAAUUGCUCUGGCUUACCAAAGAAAAGGAAGAGAACAGCAGUGUGUUCAUGUUUGUUUGUAUGAAGGGAGGUAGUGUGGGAAAAAUUUUCCAUUCUGGGAGAAGCCCCAAACUGGGUACAGUCAACCACCAAGUCUAGUAUUUGGGUUUGACUGCUGUUGAAUAAUAGUUUGAGCAUCCUUUGUGGUGUAAUAAAUUCUUUAAUCUGCCUAGUUUUGAAGAAUUCUUUUGUGAAACAUGAAAGAGAGUAGACAGUAUGAUGUAUAGGAACAAUACAAAAUAGUUUAACAUUCAUUUAACUGCCGUGUAAGAAAACUGGUCUGUAAUCAUACUGCUUAGGCUACUCUGUUAUCUAAGUAUGUAUUUUUGGUGUGUAUCUGAAAGGAAAACAUUUGCUGCCCUAGAUCUAAUUGCAUUUAUUUAUCAGUAAGUGCCAUUAAAUGGAAAUUCUAUUACAUCUGACCUUUUUCCCAGUGAAAGAACAAAUUAGUCUAUAGAACCUAGCUGCCUGUUUAGCCUGGUCAUGUGCCUUGAAUAUAGAUGUAUCACAUAAUCUGGCUCAUUGUGCCUAUUCCUACAGCUAAACUUUUCAAUUGAUGCUACCUGAUUCAUUUAUUUGAAAAAUAUCUUAGGACCACUGGAAUUCUUUUCCUGUUGGUCAUGCAUAGCACAAUGAUUUCUUUCAGACCUCUUUAUCAACACUAAUGCAUUUUAGUUAAAUCUGCAUUUCCUAUUGGAAAACAAUUUGUUUCACAAAAACAUUUGGCACUCCUGAGUAAUAAUUUCCAAAUGGCUUUAAUCCAAAGAAAAAGACUUAAAGCUUAUUUCUCCUUCUUAUACACACCUGAAUAAAAUCGAUGUGCAUGUUUUAGGGAUCAAUUACAUUACUGUUUCUUGUUCUAUUUAUGUAUAAAAAUGCUCUUGAAAGCACAUGUUUUGCUUUAAAUAAUGCACAAACUGAAGACAUUAAUAAAACUUAAGAGUAAUACAGUGAGUUGCUUAUUUAGAAGUCCUUCCUGGAAUCUUAAUUUCUUUUGAUGACAUUCUGCCAUAGUUUCCAGAAUAAAAGUAUUUUACUUACGCUGAAAAUACAUUAAGAAGUGUAACCUGAAGCCUUUCAGUAAAGAUCUAUAGGACAGUCUCAGGCUAUGGUUUCUUCAAAACUGGAAGACAUAAAAGAGCAUGGAAAAAAUGAAAUAAUAUAUUUAGGCCAUGGUGAACUGAAAGAUACUGAAACGGCCACACAGCCUCCACAACAGUCAUAGUGAAACACUGGUUUAGAUAAAAUGGAAAAAGAACCCCAGGGAUUGACAUCUAAGUCAACAAAAAUCUUUCUAAGGUUCUGAAAGAGAUGGUUCAAAGGAAGGUAUGAGGCAGUAGUAGAGAACAAUUUGUUAUAGCAAACAGGUUUACCUAAACAGAAAAAAGUGGCAAAGAUCAAGUAUCCAAAACACUUGUUGGAGGUGCCAUCGAGACAGUUCCGACGCAUAGCUACCCUAUGUACAACAGAAUGAAACAUGCCUGGUCUUGCAUCAUCCUCAUGAUCCUUGCUAUGUUUGAGCCCAGUGUUGCAGCCACUGUAUCAGUCCAUCUCAAUGAGGGUCUUCUACUUUUUUACCAACCCUCUACCAAGUGUGAUGUCCUUCUCCACGGACUGGUCCCUCCUGAUAACAUGUCCAAAGUAUGUGACACGAGUCUCCCCAUCCUCACUUCUAAGGAGCAUUCUGACUGUACUUCUUCCAAGAUAGACCUGUUGGUUCUUUUCGCAGCCCAUGACACAUUCAGUAUUCUUUGCCAACACCAUAAUUCAAAGUCAUCAAUUCUUCGAUUUUCCUUAUUUAUGAUUGAAAACCCCAUGGCUUGGAUCCGGCGCCCCUUAGUCCUCAGAGUGACAUCUUUGCUUUUUAACACUGUAAAGAGCUCCUCUGCAGCAGAUUUGCCCAAGGCGAUACAUCCUUUGAUUUCUUAACUGCUGCUUCCAUGGGCAUUGAUUGUGGAUCCAAGUAAAAUGAAAGCCUUGACAACUUCAGUCCUUUCUCUCUUUAUCAUGAUGUUGUUUAUUGGUCCAGUUGUGAGGAUUUUUGUUUUAUGUUGAAGUGUAAUCCAUACUGAAGGCUGUAGUCUUUGAUCUUCAAGUGCUUCAAGUCCUUUUUACUUUCAGCAAGCAAGGUUGUGUCAUCUGCAUAAUGCAGGUUGUUAAUGAGUCUUCCUCCAAUCCUGAUGCCCCGUUCUUCAUAUAGUCCAGCUUCUCAGAUUAUUUGCUCAGCAAACAGACUGAAUAAAUAUGGUAAAAGGAUACAACCCUGACUCACACCUUUCCUGAUUUUAAACUGCCCAGUAUCGCCUUGUUCUGGUUGAACAACUAUCUCUUGGUCUAUGUACAGGUUCCUCAUGAGCACAAUUAAGUGUUCUGGAGUUCCCAUUCUUCAUAACGUUAUCAGUAACUUUUAUGAUCCACAAAGUCAAAUGCCUUUGCAUAGUCAAUACAACACAGGUAAACGUUAUUUCUGGUAUUCUCUGCUUCCAGCCAAGAUCCAUCAGACAUCAACAAUGAUAUCCCUCAUUCCAUGUCCUCUUCUGAAUCCGGCUUCAAUUUCUGGAAGUUCCCUGUCGAUGUCCUGCUGCAACCGCUUUGGAAUGAUCUUCAGCAAAAUUUUACUUGUGUAUGGUAUUAAUGAUACUGUUUGAUAAUUUUUGCAUUCUACUGGAUCACCUUUCUUGGGAAUGGGCACAAAUAUGGACCUCUUCUAGUUGGUUGGCCAGGUAGCUGUCUUCCAAAUUUCUUGGCAUGGACAAGUGAGCACUUCCAGCGCUGCAUUCAUUUGUUGAAACAUCUUAAUUGGUAUUCCAUAAAUUCCUGGAGCCUUGUUUUUCGCCAGUACCUUCAGUGCAGCUUGGACUUCUUCCUUUUGUACCAUCGGUUCCUGAUCAUAUGGUUGACUGUUGACCAGUUCUUUUUGGUAUAAUAACUCUGUGUAUUCCUUCAAUCUUCUUUUGAUGCUUCCUGCAUCAUUUAAUAUUUUUCCCAUAGAAUCCUUCAGUAUUAUAACUCAAGGCUUGAAUUUUUUCUUCAGUUCUUUCAGCUUCAGAAAUGCUGAGUGUGUUCUUCCCUUUUGGUUUUCUAACUCCAGGUCUUUGCACAUUUCAUUAUGACAGUUUACUUUGUCUUCUCGAGCUGCCCUUUGAAAUCUUCUAUUCAGCUCUUUUACUUCAUCAUUUCUUUCAUUCAGUUUAUCUACUCAGCAUUCAAGAGCAAGUUUCAGAUUCUCUUCUGACAUCCCUUUUGGUUUUUGCUUUCUUUCCUGUCUUUUUAAUGACA